AAGUUUACGGUCAAAAUAUAAAGACAGAAAGUACAAUUUCCGUCCGACCUUCAAUAGGGAGCUGAUGUCAUCGCCGGCGGAUACACGGCCUGCAUUUCUUCACCUCGUUCUCUACGUUCCACUGAAAUCGCCCCGCGUCGCCUCCGGCGUAACUUAGCAUCCGCCGCCGCCGCCGCCACCACUACCACCACUACCACCACAAACCCUUUAUAUUUAAAUAUUAGGACUAUGGAGAACCAGAGGGCGCCAAGCGCACCCCGGUCCCUCCGGCCCCGCGACGGCGGCGGCAGCGGCGGAGGUGGCCGGGAAGAUUGCUGGAGCGAUGUCGCGACCGAAACCCUGAUCGAAGCAUGGGGAGACCGUUAUGUGAAGUUCAACCGAGGGAACCUCCGGCAAAAAGACUGGAAGGAAAUCGCCGGCGCAGUCAACAGCCGGCACGGCGGCGCGAGUCGCCGGAAAACUGACGUCCAGUGCAAGAACCGUAUCGACACCUUAAAGAAGAAGUACAAGCUCGAGAAAGCGAAGCCCACGCCGUCAAAGUGGCCGUUUUAUUACCGUCUUAACUCUCUCAUCGGCACUAACGCCGUCACUGUCACAGUUAGGGCUUCCAACCAAAAACCAAACCCUAACCCUAACCCUAAGACCUUAGUUCAUUCAAGGGCGUAUCGGUCAAAGUCGAAAUUGAACUCAGGUGGAUCCACCGAGGGCUCAUUUAGUGGUGAUGAAGAUGAUGAAUUAGGGUUUGAUGGUAGUUUGAGGAAGCUUCCCAUGGAUUCCGCUGAUUUUUCCGGUGAGGCGGCCUGCCGGGAGUUGGCGAGAGCCAUUCUCAAGUUUGGAGAAAUAUACGAGAGAAUUGAGAGCUCCAAGCAGCAGCAGAUAAUGGAGUUGGAAAAGCAAAGGAUGGAGUUAACAAAGGAUGUUGAGCUCCAAAGGAUGAACAUGUAUAUGGAAGCUCAACUUGAGCUCCAGAGAAUGAAGCGCACUGCAGGGAAGAAGCCAUAGCUGAGAUGGCAUGAACACCCUCAAUCUAGGGGGAGGACUGUCCAAGAAAGAUAUUUCCAUGGAGACUCUUUCAGCAUCUGAAUCACAAAAACAAACAAUCCCUGGCAAGGGUUUUACACAGAGUUGCAUAUUUGGAGCAUUUCUGGGUGUCAUUCAUUGGUUAAAUCCCUUUCUGGUGAAACCCAUAUUGUAUCUUUCACUUUCAUGUUUAUUGUAAAUGGUCAGUUGUGUCACUACAGAGAUUUCUUGCGGUUCUAUUGUUCUGAAUUGCAACUCAAUAUCUUGUAUCACUUUUUGCAUGUAAAAAAUGGAAAUUAGAACCCUUGAUGCUGUAACCUUAACAUGGUAGUACAGCAAGCUGUGAGCUA